AUGACAGCGACAACGACUACUUGUCCAGUAGUAGAUUUGACAGUCUUGGACGACGGCGACUCCUUCCAAGACGCCUUGGUGCGUCUGGAGAGUCCUUGUCGGGUGGUGGGCGAUUUGGUGUUUUUUUGGUUUCGUCAGCAACCGGCCGUCAAGUUUUACGGAUCUCUCGAUGGGUAUCGGUACAACCACUCGCCCUUUGUGGAUGGCCAAACGACCAGUUCUGCCGUGGUGAUAUCGGGAGUGAUUCGAUCCAGGAGCAAUCGGACCGUGAAUUUGACGUCGGUGGUGCUACAGCAUAGUAGUAGUAGUAGUGCUGUGGAUGCCACCGCUACGACAGCUACCCCCUCUUCCUACCGCCGGCGGUAUCAUCGUCCCAUUGCCGAGAAUGCUCCACGAGAUCAAGUGUUGAAAGAUCCUCGCUUACUGCGGCAUAUUCUGGAGAAUCAUGUCCCUUUGGAAGAUAUGCAAACUUGCAUUUUUCCAGUCCAUCCUCUGUGGGAGUGUGUGGGAAGAUCCUUAUUGGUACAGUCAAAAUUUCAAACCAUUGGCGAAUAUAAUAAUACCCAUACCGGCACCAUGACGACGAUACUGGACAUUCAAUCCAUUCUACAGCAAAUCUUUCGAGGCGCCGCACGAGAGGAACAGCCACAACGUCACAAUAACAACAACAACAAUCCAUUUCGACGAACUCGAACCAGUGUUUUUCCAAACAGCAACCAGGCCGACUAUGAACAACUGUUACAGGCGGCGGCUCAUGUCUGUGCUGUAGCACUGCGGCGGGGUGGUGCUCGAUUCUUGACGCCGGAUACCUAUGUCCAAACAUCUGCCCUGGAGAUACUCCAUCGGUGUCUGCUUCAUUCACCCAACAACAACAACACCAACGAAACCGUGACCCAAUUUGCACUGACACCCACGGCCAGUAUGGGCGAAUUGGCAUUUCUACGAGCCGCCUGUAUUCAAUUGUCGCAGUUACAGUUACAGACCCAACGAGACCAUAUCCAAAAAAUGGCGCAAGCACUGCUCUCCAAUCACGGCACGAUGGUGCCCCACAGCAAGGAACAAUUGUUGAGUUGGACCAAGCCACUGGCAAGUGACAAUUUACUCUGUGAACCCCUCAAACAAGCCGGUGAAGAAUUGUUUGGAGUGGGGUGGUUCUGGGAUCCCUUGCCAGCAGCUAGUUAG